CAUUUGAAAGGAAAGGCCUACACCCUGAGUCACAUCUCCGAUGUCGGUUAUCAUCAAGGCCAGUGUCCGGUCUCCACCUACACCGCCGAGCCCUCCUCGAAGCUGCAGGUUGCAUCAACACAACGUAAUUGCCUUGCAGGACAAGUACAAGAAGGCGGGCGUGAGGAAGCUAGAAGAACUCUCACCAUUCGUGAUAAGGGAUUUCCAUCACGAACGAUGGAGGCGUUGGUUUGUCAUACAUCCGUUAUUUAUCUUGCGAAUACGUAAGAGAUCCUAUCACAUGUCUUUUUCGACUCUGCUGCAUGCAUUAGAAGACCAUUAUCGGACUGCUAAUCUUCAAAAGCAACAUCUAACAAGUUAGAA